GGUGCCUGGAACCCAACGCUUUAAUAUCGGCUGGGGAAACUUGCUCAAACCUUCUCUCCACCAUCAGGCCUCACCGUCAUCAUUCGUCUCUUCUCAGGAAAAAUUGCCUUUCCCACCAUCAUGUCUCGCCCAAGCGCCUACCACAGGUUUUGUGCAGCUUUUGUGCGGACCCGAGGCGGAGCCCUCGUUACCUGCACUGGUCCUUUGCACCGCAAGGUGCGCGGGAACUGGCAGGAGGUCUGGCUGGCGCUGCACUCGUCCUCGUCCGACGAGCAAGCGCUUUCCCAGGAUCUCUAUGGCCCGGGGAUCGGAGAAGCCGUCGUCAACAAGACCAAACAUGGCCUGUCGCCGAGGAGCAAGCUCGUCGUCAGGGUCGAAGCAGUCCAGCAGGUCGAGCUGGCCAUAUACGAGACCGAGGAGGGAGAGGACGGCGGGGACGCCAUCCUCGGCCUCAUCUUCCAGAACUGCUCCGCAUCCGAGGCCGCCUUUGACGACGUGUUCGCCAGGCUGCUUCUGCGGGACAUCAGGCUCUUCACCACGACGCCCCUGGACAACCUGCCGCCCCAAGCCAGUGCCGCCACGGAAAAGAUCGUCGACCUUUUCGACUCCACGCUCAGAUAUGUCAUCGACGAGGAUAAGUGGAGGGUCUCGGGGCGGGACUACUUUCGCGAGCGAGUCGACGACUUUGUGCGGCGUGGCGCCAGGGUCGAGUUCUGCCUCCCGGCUUUCCCUUGCAAAUCCUCCAAUCUGGACAAGGUUUCCGGCGUGCUCCCGGAUAGGGGCGAGCAGCUCGCACUUGAAAAUCUCCACUCCUUUGUCGAGGCCAUAGAGGGCGUCUACAAGCCUGGAGCCAAGCUGUGGAUUGUGAGCGAUGGCCACGUGUUCAGCGAUUGCAUCGGCGUCGAUGAUGAGGUUGUCGACAGGUAUAACGCUGAGAUCAUCAGGCUGAAUACUGAAAUCGGGAGGCGGCGCCGGGGCGCGGACCGAGUCGGGUUCAUGUCACUGGUCGAUAUUUUCGACCUAGCGCACUCGACACCCGAAGUCACGCUCGCGCUGUCCCUGCGCCUCCCCGUCCUCGAGACCCAGAUCGCCACCAAGCGCACGGCGCCGGCCGAGCUGAGCCGGCGGAUGCUGCUCGAGGCCGGGCGGUCCAACGACAGCCUGCUGCGGGCGCGCAUCGAGUCGGGCGAGCACAGCGCCCUCAAGCUGUACCGCGGCUUCUCGCGCUUCAUGGCCGAGGACCUGUGCCACAACCGGUACGCGUCGCACCUGAGCCGCAGCAAGCUCAAGAAGCUCGCCACCCGGGUCUCGUUCGAGAUGCUGCAGCGCAACGAGGCCUACUCGAACCUGGUCGAGCUCAUCUUCCCGCACCACGUCCGCCUCUCCAUCCACGCGCACAACAACGCCGGGCCCAAGUUCGGCAUCCGCCUGCUCGGCCGCCACGCCCGAGCCCUCGAGCGCCUCUCGCUCGCCGGCGCCGCCGCGGAGAUGCGCUCCGUCGACCUGCUGCACGUGCCGACGCCCUGGCACAACUGCCUCGUCGAGGUGGCUGGGCACCCGGGGCCCAUCAUGACCAAGUCCCGCGCCGUGAGGGAGGCGCUGGCCCGCGGCGAGUUCGUGGGCGGCUGGGUCGAGGGGGACCGGCUGGGCGUCGCGGGCCGCUUCAGCCUCGAGCUUCCGUCGAGGCUCCAGCCCAAGCGCUGCGACGGCGAGGUCUGGGACCUGCUCGAUUGCUGCGAUCCCGGGAACCCGUAUCUGCGUGGGCGGGACGCUGUCCUGGAAGCCGAGAUGCGCUACUGGUACGCGUCCUCGGCAGGCAUCACAUUGUCCUAGUUUUCUUCUGUUUCGGGCCGGCUGAAGUUCAGCAAGAAUUUUCCUCAAAGUAUGGCGACUCACGGCACGGUAUGGAUUCUUCAAUGCUUGUCAUGUUUGCCACAACGAAUGUGGUGUCCACAGUGGUGUGGGAUUAUCAGGGCGAUCCCUCUACCCCACCCACCCACCGCUGGACCUUGUUUCUGCUUUUAUUUCCAACAACGCGAAAAUUGAACUUCCGUUGAACGUUUUUACUUCCCUUUCCAUUCCGUCUGGUUAUCGCAACCACCGAGCCCUCACCAUCCUGUGACCCGCGGGACUCUGGAGCCCGUCCAUUCUCCACAUGCCCAAUAAGAUACAUGCCUCGUUUCGGUCGGUCGGCGAUGCCUCAGGCUCUGUCUCUUAGGUGUAAUAAAAAUGCAAUUGCGGUUAGUCGG